UAGGGAGAGUUGUCUGGGCCGAGGAGGGGUGCUAUCCCGCGCCGGUUCGGUUUGGGGCUCUCCUAAGAGGAACGGAUCUGGAACCUUGUGGGGAAGGAGUGCUAGGGGUGCUUUAGCUGAACCUUGGAGCCCCGGGACCCGACUAAAGGCUGGGGAGCGGUGCUACAGGAGGUAUUAUCAGAUUCCAGACAAUUGGAGGUCUAUUCAUGAGAUGUGUGAUUAAUUGUGGAUCCAGUAUUGAUGAGUUCUACUAUCCAAGCAUGAAGGAACUUGAAUAAAAUUGGGUUCUUGAGAAGGUAUCAAUCUUGGGUUUGGAGGUUCCAGCAGUGAUCCCUCCCCACAGUCCUCAUUGACUUCACCUUUUGCCGCUUCUUCCCUUCCCUCUCCCCAGCCAAGAAAACUCCUGUCCCAGGGGCCUUGUUGUAUUCCCUUGUGGUGGCCUCUCUCCCUUCACUGAUUUUGUCCCUCUGUCCUCCCCAUGGUACCACCAUGAAUGGCACCAUUGAGGGAGGCAAUGGGGCAGGGGGCCCAGGCUCUGGGCCUGGUGAACAGUUUGAUUCAGGGGGAUCCCAAUCCCCUGGACCCCCCGAACACAGACCCUGCCCUGGUCCUGGCCUAGCGGAUGAUACAGAUGCAAACAGCAAUGGUUCAAGUGGCAAUGAGUCCAAUGGACCGGAGUCCCAGGGUACUUCUCAGCAUAGUUCUCACAGCUCUUCUUCUGGCCAUGGGAAAGACUCUGCCCUUCUGGAAACCACAGAGAGCAGCAAGAGCACCAACUCUCAGAGUCCAUCCCCUCCAAGCAGCUCCAUUGCCUAUAGCCUCUUGAGUGCCAGUUCAGAGCAGGACAAUCCAUCCACCAGUGGCUGCAGCAGUGAGCAGUCAGCCCGGGCACGAACACAGAAGGAGCUAAUGACUGCCCUUCGAGAGCUGAAACGUAGACUUCCACCAGAACGAAGAGGGAAAGGCCGAUCAGGAACUUUGGCUACCCUGCAAUAUGCACUUGCCUGUGUUAAACAAGUCCAGGCCAAUCAAGAUUACUAUCAGCAAUGGAACUUAGAGGAAGGGCAGCCUUGUUCCAUGGACAUGUCCAGCUAUACCCUGGAGGAGUUAGAGCACAUCACAUCUGAGUAUACCCUCCGAAAUCAGGAUACUUUCUCUGUGGCUGUCUCUUUUCUCACUGGCCAGAUUGUCUACAUUUCGGAUCAGGCAGCUGUUCUUCUUCGCUGUAAGAGAGAAGUCUUCCGGGGUGCUCGGUUCUCAGAACUCUUGGCCCCCCAGGAUGUGGGUGUUUUCUAUGGCUCCACUGUCCCCUCUCGCCUGCCCACGUGGGGCUCUCGGGCCUCUGCUGGUUCAGGCCCUAUGGAUUUCACACAAGAGAAAUCAGUCUUCUGCAGGAUCCGAGGUGGCCCAGAUCGGGAAUCAAGUCCUAGAUACCGGCCAUUUCGACUAACCCCCUAUGUGACCAAGAUCCAGCUCUCAGAUGGAGCCCCAGCACAGCCGUGUUGUCUGCUUAUUGCUGAAAGAAUUCACUCUGGCUAUGAGGCUCCCAGGAUUCCUCCAGACAAGAGGAUCUUCACAACAAGGCACACACCCAGCUGUCUGUUCCAAGAUGUAGAUGAGAGGGCUGCCCCACUGUUGGGAUACUUACCCCAGGACCUGCUAGGUGCACCAGUGCUCCUUUUCUUGCACCCUGAAGAUCGACCUCUUAUGUUGGCAAUCCACAAGAAGAUCUUGCAGCUAUCAGGUCAACCUUUUGACCACUCCCCCAUCCGAUUCUGUGCCAGAAAUGGGGAAUAUGUCACCAUGGACACCAGUUGGGCUGGAUUUGUCCAUCCCUGGAGCCGAAAAGUGGCAUUUGUUUUGGGCAGACACAAAGUUCGAACGGCUCCCCUAAAUGAGGAUGUAUUCACUCCCCCAGCCCCUGUCCCAAUCCCCGCAAGAGGUAUGGACCCAGACAUCCAGGAGCUAUCAGAGCAGAUCCACCGGCUACUGCUACAGCCAGUUCAUAGUGUGAGUCCCACAGGACUGUGUGGAUUAGGCCCUCCAACCUCUCCAGGUCCCUUCUUAAAUCCUGGCUCAUCCAGUGACAGUAAUGGUGGAGAUGCUGAUCAUCCUGGGCCCCCUGUUCCUGUGACAUUCCAGCAGAUCUGUAAAGAUGUGCAUCUUGUGAAGCACCAGGGUCAGCAGCUUUUCAUUGACUCUCGCUCCCAAUCCACCUGGCCCCCAUCCUCAGUCCCAGAUACUCUUAAGACCACCAGUACCCUCCCAGGAAGACCCUUGGAACCAGCCCCUGGACUGAAUCCAGUUCAGCCUCUUGUGGUCAGUACCGCCCCUGAUGAUUCAGAGAGAAAAGAAGCAUCCAAUUGUUCCUACCAGCAGAUCAAUUGCCUGGACAGCAUUAUCCGGUACCUGGAGAGUUGCAAUGUCCCCAACACAGUGAAGAGAAAAUGUGCUUCCUCCUCUCACACAGCAUCUUCCACCUCUGAUGAUGACAGACAGAAGGCAGGCCAGGGUUCUGGAGUGGCCAAGAAAGAUCCAGCAGAAGAGCUGUCUCAGGAGGGGUCCCCCCUCCAGAAGGAGCCAGUGGUGGGAGGUCCACUGACCCCGCUCACCCUUGCCAAUAAGGCGGAGAGUGUGGUAUCCAUCACAAGUCAGUGUAGCUUCAGCUCUACUAUCGUCCAUGUAGGAGACAAGAAGCCCCCGGAGUCGGAUAUUGUCAUGAUGGAAGAGUUGCCUGGCCUGACCUCUGGUCCAGCUCCCAGUCCAACGAUGGCCACUCCUGACCCCACCCCUGAUGCCUACCGCCCUGUGGGAUUGACCAAAGCUGUACUGUCACUUCAUACACAGAAAGAGGAGCAGGCCUUCCUCACCCGAUUUCGGGAUCUCAGCAAACUCCGGGUCUUUGAUACCCCUUCCGUUGGACCUUCACCUCCUAAUGAUCGAGGCUGUUGCCAUGGUCCCAUUCCUCCUGGCCGCCGACACCAUGGCAAAUCAAAAGCCAAACGUUCAAGGCACCAUCAGCUCUCUCUGAUUGAGACCCCUGGCUAUACCUCUCAUCCUUCCCCAGUACCUCCUACCACUCCAUGGCCUCCUCAACCUAACCCACCGGCCUCUGCUACUUUCCCAACAGUGGUGCAAACCUACCCAUUACCCAUUUUUUCAACCAGAGGUUGUCCCCAACCUUCAGCACCUACCCCAUCUCCUUCACCCUUUUCCUCCCCCUUAGUAACUCCUAUGGUGGCUUUGGUCCUACCCAACUAUUUGUUUCCUUCUCCUACUACCAGUUACCCCUGUGGGGUACCUCAGUCUCUAUCAGACAGGCCUCUUACCCCUGCACCAUGUUCACCUUCCCUAACCUUACCUCCUGUGCCACCUAGCCCCACCCAAUGUCCAGAUUCACCCCUGUUCAACUCACGAUGCAGUUCCCCACUCCAACUGAAUCUGUUACAACUUGAGGAGACUACCCGGGGGGAAGGGGGAGCAACAGUUGGGGAGCCUGGAAGCAAUCCCAGGCCACCCCCUCUAGGAGAAGAGGCUACACAACCAGAGACUGGACUGGUGGAGAUGAAUGAAUCCUCUAACCAGGAUGCACUGUCAGGCUCCAGUGAUCUAUUGGAGCUGUUGCUCCAGGAGGACUCCAGGUCUGGCACUGGAUCUGCUGCAUCAGGGUCCUUGGCUUCUGGUUCUGGUUCUCAUGGAGGGAGCACCUCUGCCAGUAUCACCCGUAGCAGCCAAAGCAGUCACACCAGCAAGUACUUUGGGAGUAUAGACUCCUCUGAGGCUGAGCCAACAGGUGCCCAGGUUGGGGUGGACCCAGGGACGGGACCUGGGGAGCAGGUCAUUAAGUAUGUUCUGCAGGAUCCCAUCUGGCUACUCAUGGCUAAUGCUGACCAUAGGGUCAUGAUGACUUAUCAAGUGCCCUCCAGGGAUAUGGCUUCAGUACUGCAACAGGACCGAGAGAGGCUCCGUGCCAUGCAAAAGCAACAGCCUCGUUUUUCAGAAGAGCAGCGGAGAGAACUGGGGGCCGUGCAUGCCUGGGUGCGGAAGGGCCAGCUACCUCGAGCACUAGAUGUAAUGGCUUGUGUAGAUUGUGGCAGCAGCAUCCCAGAUCCCCAGUAUCCAGAUGAUUCCCUCUUCCCUGAGCUGGAUGGACUGGGGCUAGAGCCAAUGGAGGAAGAUGGAGGUGGGGCCUCCCCAGACACAGCCAUGGAUGAAGAGGAGCAAGGUGGGGAGUUAUCUACUUCCGAAUUACCUGCUCUGAAAACCAACAGCUAAACUCUCAUCUUGGGGCUACUCUGAGAGAGCCCUGGCUUUACCUCUGUCAUUGAAAUAUGAGAAAGAACAAAUGAGAAGCUUCGUCCUCUCAAGACAACAACCAGUUCCAGUUUUGAUAUUUGCUUUUGCCUUUCAGUCAGCCAGGGACAAAUACACCUGAAUAUUGUUCCUCUCUAAUUGGACAAUCACAGUCCUACCUCUUUAGAGACAACUGAGGGUAAGCAGUUGGGGCUUCUUAGGGACCAGCCAGAGAUAAAGGUCUCCCUCUUCAUCCUAAGGAGACAAUUCCACAUAAAAAGAAGUAAAAUCUUAAAAAGUAGGAUGACUUCCUAAAUUCCAGCUGAGCAGGAACAUGGAUUGCUGCUUCAGGUGUGGGAACUCUAACAAUACUUAUUUAUUGGGGAAUUCCCCCAUGUCUUCUCCUUAAAGGCCCGAUUCCCUUCUCAUUCCCUUGAAGGAAGGGGAUGGGAAGGGAAGGGCAUUGGGAAUGAGGACCAAAUCGAGAUUCCUAGCUCCCUUGGGUUGGAGAGAGUAGAAGACUAUGGGUCCCUGGUGCUGCUGUCUCUUAGGGUGGGACCCAGGUGUCUUCAGCUAUGUCUCCCCACCCCUUAGUGAUAUUUUUGUGUUUUUGAUAGUCAUGUCUGUCUUUUUUAUAUAUAAAACAGAAAAUCUAACUUGA